GUACAAUACAAACAAAACACUGAUGAGACAAGAGCGAAAGGCUGCUUGUAGACUCUACUCGACUCGAGUGACAGUCCACUCAGCGUUCAAGUGAAUUUUGUUUCGCCAUGGUCCUCGCUCCACCUGUCUGUAUUUUGAAUUUUGAAUGAUGGCUUGCUCCUUUAUGUUUACACCGCUUUCAUCCGGACAUGUCUGCAAUUUAGCUGGCAAAGUUGUUUGUUUGUGGUCUGUCUGUUUGUCCGAAAUGCCAGCUGUCACUUGAUGGCAUUCUGCAACGAGAAGCAGAACGAAAGCAUUCGAAGAGAGCCGAUGCAAAAGCGCGUUUCGAAUGAUCAAUCAAAUCGUUCACAAGGAAGUGUCCAGUGACCAAGCUCGCUUGCUUCACCGCUCACAACUCACAAUCAACAAACCAUCCAAGAGAAACCAAAAGAAAAAUACACAAAAGAUACUACUAGUAGUAAACCAGUGUGACCAGUGUGAUUGAUAGCCAGAAGGACCUCUUGUCAACCACAGCCACUAGUCUAGCUAUACCGGUAGCUAGCCCACAACUCAACUCAAUUGACUACACAAAUUGUGUUGUCUUGAUUUUUAUACAGGUACCGGUACAAGAUGAGACACCACCAGCUCUUGCCAUUGUCAGUCAUUGGAGUGUCUUUGGUGUUGGCAUUGACCCAAGCCACUCCUACCAUCACUUCUUCAGCAUCUCCAGUAGCCACUCUGUUGCCUACAGCUCCCUCUGCUGAUGCCCAAGCAGGUCCCAUUGAUGACACCCAGUGCAAUAUUGAAGAAUUGGAGCAAGCCAAUGACAGUCAGCUCUACACCAUUCUACAGGAAUUGGUACUAAGGACGGAAUUUUUUCAGCAUUUUGCUGUGGAUUUGGAACAGACAUGUCCAUUGAGUAAAGAAGACAGUGAACAAGAAGAAGAAGAAGAAUUUGAGUGUGCAGGAGGACCUGCUGAACCAGAUCCACUCCUAGAUGCCUUUGGCAUGGCAGAAGAAGAGCCUGCUGAACCAGCUUGUCAUGUGGACACUUCAGCACAAGAAUUUCAAGCCGACAAUCCAUUCAUGACUACUGCAACUAGUAGUACUACUAGUAGUCCCAGUAAUACUCCUCACACCCAGAGUCAAGCACUCUAUGAACUAUCCAAACAGGGAUUCCAAUCCAAAGAACAAGCAGGAGCAUUUCAGUGGAAACAACAGACAGAUCUUGUGGAACCAAAACCACUCGGUGCCAAAAAUAAGGAAAAUCAAGACACUCCCGUCACGAGUAGCACCACUAGUAAACAAUCUGCCAAAACUACAAAUAUCAAAAAAGAGGAAGAAGAUGACUGUGCUUUGGAUAUUGAUGCCGAUCACAACAAUGGACAACAACAAUGGCUUCCAGAAGCAUUCUGGAUGGACAUGUGCUCACAUGUCACGGCGGGAGGAACCACCAAAAUUGUAAACUUGGCACUCAACCCCGAACGAAAUACUGGAUACAACGGAACCCAUCUGUGGAAUGCCAUUUACCAAGAAAACUGCAUUGGCAUUGCCAGUACAAACUCAAAUACCAACACAAAUACACAAGACAAAAGUGUACUACCCUUUGUCGACGACAACAACAAAGAAGUACAACCACGCUGUUUCGAAGAACGAGUCCUAUACAGACUUUUAUCGGGAUUGCACACGUCCACCACUCUAUCCAUUGCAAAACACUAUUACAUGCCAUCCAAACGAAAGGGACGAAUCAACUGGGAACCAAAUCCACAAUACUUUAUGGAACGAUUCAAGGACCAUCCGGAAUACAUUCGAAACCUACAUUUCAGCUACGUCGUACUAUUGAGAGCACUCAAAAAGGCUACGCCCUUCCUAUACAAUUACGAAAUCAGAACAGGAAACAUUGUACAGGAUGAAGCAGCAACCAUUCUGCUCAAACGAUUGCUUGACUCCUCCAUCUUACAAUCCUGCAGUUCCGUAUUUGGAGCCUUUGAUGAAACACUCAUGUUCCGACAAGAGCUCGAAAACACCAAUGAAAGCGAUGCCAUUGCUCUACAACAAUCAUUCAAGGGAGUAUUCCACAACAUUAGUUCCAUUCUCGAUUGUGUACAGUGCCAACAGUGCAAACUACACGGAAAAAUGGCAAUGUUGGGAUACGGAACGGCUCUCAAAAUUCUAUUCAUCAAACCAUCCGCGCUGCAGUUGGAACGAAACGAAAUUGUCGCAUUCAUCAAUACACUCGCAAAGUUGUCACAGAGUAUUCGGGAAGUUCGAGAGCUCACACAUCUAUACUGGAUGCGAGAACAAGAAAAACAACAGCGAGAAAUCGAUAAAGCCACUUUGAAUGCCACCACCGUGUCGUCCCAUGCCGAGUCCAUUCCCAUUACAAAGGCUGGAUGGGACUCGUGGAAUACCGUUGACGGGGCCAUUGGAGCGAUUGCAGCAUUGGAACGACAAAAAUUGAUCUCUGUUGAACAAGAAGCGCAGCUAGUCACUCUGGCAAUUGAACAACGUGAUCCCGUUCUCCUCAUUCUAACCAAACACUACUUUUCUUCGAGUCCAGAUGACAGCCAGGCCGAUCUCGUCAAAUUGCGCGACCUACUGCAGGCUCGAGGGUUGUUGGAUGGAACCGUGACGGCCGUUACUGUUCCGGUUGACCCCUUGGAUUAUCCCGACGCGGUAGUGGUGGGAAGUGGAUUGGCUGGGUUAGCGGCGGCAUUGAAUAUCCUUGAUCGAGGAGGCUACGUCGUGCUGCUCGAAAAGGAGCAUUUGCUGGGUGGAAACUCCAACAAGGCCAGCAGUGGCAUUAAUGCUUGUUGCCCGGGUCAGAAUAAUAACACAUCAAGCAAGAGCGAUGCCCUGGCAGCCGCAGACUCGGUGGAAAUCUUCACCAAUGAUACCAUUCGGUCGGCGGGGACAGCUGCACGUCCCGAUCUCAUUCAAGUCCUCGUGUCAAAUUCGGAAUCGGCUGUGGAAUGGCUCCAAUCCAGAGUCGGUGUCGACUUGUCCCUAAAAGCGCAGCUUGGAGGACACUCGUCAAAGCGCACUCAUCGCCCUUCCAACGGCAUGGCCGGGGCGGAAAUCAUUUACGGGAUGCAAAAAGCCGUCCGCAAGUACGAAAAGAAGGGACAAGUCCGAAUCCUGGUGGACACGAAAGUGACUCAGUUGAUAACCGAAGAGUCUGAUUUGGAAGCCGAUAAAUUCAACGAGAAGACCGUCGUUGGUGUCGAGUACGAGAACAUGAAGGAUCCCGGAACAAAAGUGACACUAAUGGCGCCUCAUAUCAUCAUGGCCACUGGUGGAUUUGCCUCUGACCGUCGUCCCAAAGAAAGCUACUUGAGCCAAUACCGUCCAGAGCUUUUGCAGUUUCCCACCACUGCAGGAGCUUUCAGCACGGGAGAUGGAAUCGCGCUGGCCACAUCUUUGGGCGCCGACACGGCAAGCAUGGAUCAGGUGCAGAUUCAUCCCACUGGAUGGGUUGAUCCGACCGACCCAAAGAACCCCAGCAAGACCCUAGCCGCUGAACUAAUGCGUGGGGUAGGUGGCAUCUUGUUGAAUGACAAAGGACAACGCUUCUGCAACGAGUUGGGAACGCGGGCCUAUGUUACGGACAAGAUGCUCGCGCACAACUGGAAAUAUUACAUGACAUCAAAGUGGGAUGCCAACUCUGAGAUUCCAACUUUUGCACUGGUUUUGAGUUCCGCGGCCUCGUCAGACGCGAAGAAGCAUGUUGACUUGUAUUCACACAAGGGAUUGCUGAAACGGCUAGAAGGAGUGCAAGCUCUAGCUGACUGGAUGGGACAACCAGUCAAGACGGUUGCGUCUGCAUUGAAUAAAUACCAAGCCGAUGCCGACAAGGGCAAAGAUGAGUACGGCAAGACAACAUUUCGAGGCCAAUUCGGGAAGGAUCUGACAAAGGAAAUAUUCUACGCUGGGACCGUAUCUCCGGUGUUACACUAUUGCAUGGGUGGCAUCACCAUCGACACGGAUGGAAACGUUCUGGAUACACAGAAGCGUAUCAUCUCGGGCCUUCAUGCUGCCGGGGAAGUGACUGGUGGCGUGCACGGCAACAACCGUCUGGCCGGGAACUCUCUGCUCGAAUGUACUGUUUUUGGAUCUCUUGUCGGACGAAACCUUCCGCUGCAAGAACGUCAAGUCACUGAACAGCAGAGAGUCAAAGCAACGUCUGGUGACGAACCGGCCUCGAACUCUCCGUCCAGCGACUCCAAGAAACGACAAGUCUCUCGAGAAGAAUUAGCACAACACAAUACUCCUGAAGACUGUUGGGUUGCAAUCCAUGGUGUCGUUUACGACUUGACAGAGUUUGCAGAAGAGCAUCCCGCUGGCCCCGCUUCCAUUCGUGAGCUUGCCGGCCAGGACGGAACCGAGGCUUUCGCCGCUGUCCACAAUCAGAACAUUUUGGAAGACUUUGAUGAAGACCGGAUAGGGAUUCUUGUGUAACGCUACCGGUACCAGUACCGCACUCGAGUGCCAAGGUGGCUGGUUUUAGAUCUUUAGAUGCAUGCUCAUUACUUAUUAUUUAGAGAAUACAUGGUUCAUUUUUGUGUAUGAUGGUUCAUUUCACCGCUGUGCCAGGACCAGCAGAUACGGUACGGUAGCAUGCUCGGCUUCGAUCUUCUCCCAAAGAGGGAAUGGAUACUAAUCAAAUCUCGAUGGAACUGAAAUCUGAACUUUCUGUAAUAAAUAGCCAUAGUCUAGUAGUAGGAAAGACGAAUCUCAGCACGAAGCUAUGUAGUCUACAGCAUCUCCUCACGUUGUGUGAUUACUAUGCAUGGCUGGGUGGCAUUGAGAGGAGCGAGCAAUAUGUACUUCGGUCUGGUGUUCCCCUGACCGGUCCGGGUUUUUGCUGGUUGCCAAACUGGUACCGCUCCAUUAGUUUGCCCAUCAAUGAACGGUACGGUAGGACUUGCUAGAGCCCCACUUGUAUUCCUUUUACCAAAUCCCGGACCUAUUUUCGUAACGGCACGACUGUACUUGCUUGGUGGUUGUUUAUGUCCGUCUUUGUGUAUUUAGUUUAUUUAUUGAUGUAUGUUGUGGUUAUGUAUGGAUGUAUGUACAUGUAGUAUGUGGUAGGUUGGUUGAUUAGAACAAAUCAAACUCGUCGUCAUCCAUUUCACUAUUGUCAAAAACAAUUUCUGUUUCGAGUCUCGUAUCGAGUGACUGAGUGGCCAGGUGGUCGUCUUCGUCAUGAUCAUGAUCAUCAUCAUCUAGAUAACUAUCAUUGUCGUGUGGCUCUUCAUCGAGCUCAUCGAAUUCAUCUUCCCCAAAGGAUCGUCUCCACAGUAUCAACUGUCCAUCGUCGUGUGCACAUUUAUUCUUUCUUAUGGCAUUGUAUGACAUGGGAAUGUCUGCUUGUUGCAAUUGUCGAAUAGCUGUAACGAAUCCUUCCACGGCAGAUGUGUCGAAUAGAAAUGCCGUGGUGGACGCGGCUUCGAACUUGUCGUAUCGCACAUGUGGAAUAUCAGUGAGUUCGUAGUCAUCGAGUUGUCGUUGUACCAAUUGUAUCUGUUGAGAAGCCUUUUUACUAUUGGUGGUUGCCAAAUGAAAUGUGAUUCCUUGGUCCACAGCAAAUACUUUGAGUAAGUGUGGCAAGUGCCAUCGAUAUCGAUGUUGGCGGUCCAGGUGAUCAUCGACAAUGCGUGCCAUAUCUAGUAAUUGAGAAGAAGUGCCAUUGUGUCGUCGAACAACGGAGUAUAUUUGUUUCUUGAGUUGUUUGUUUUUGGCAGAGCAUCCUCUGAGAUGUGGUCCUAGACAGUGUGCGAUUGUAAAGUCUGAUCGUUGUGCCUUGUGUGCCAGCUUGGGUCCCAUUCUGUCACUGCGCAGCAAUUGCGUGACGGUGGGCAAUUGGUUGAUUUGUCGUGUCUUGGCGACGUAUCUUCCAUUGAGUGAUAGUACAUGAAGCAGUUUUGGAAAGGGAGAUCCAGCAGCCAAUCUAUUUCUUUGUCGUUGAAGAAGUUCCAUAAUGACAAGAGACGAAGAUUCUCCAGCCGAGACAACCACCGUUCGUUUGAUUCCUUGUUCUUCCCACAGAGCUUCUACCAGAUCGGCACGUUGUUUGGUCAGUGAGGGUUGAUGAUGAUGAUGAUGACUACUGGUAGUGUGAAUGGAGUCACUGUCUCCCAUUCCCACGUAAUCCAAGUAGAGGCGAGGUAGAGGAAGAGCAUGGUCUGAUGAUGACAUCAUGGUCUCUUCUCCUUCUACACCAACACAGCCAUGUACAUGAAUCAAGUUCUGAGAAUCCAAGGAAGCUUCAGUAGACUCCGUGUCACAACGUCCCUUGUGUUCUUGUGUCUCCUUCUCCUUCUUCUGACGCGUAGAUCUAGUAGCACUUGUACUUGUACAUGUACUUGUGGACAGACUGAGCGCUUGUUCCACAGCUUGAAAGGCAAAGGAACCUUCAGGAUCAGACGGAAGAAACGUCAUCCACCGUUGCAAGUCUUCUUCUUCUUCAUCAUCAUCAUCUUCAUCUUGAUUGUUGUCUUCUUUGACCACUCGACGAAACACUUUCACCACAGAACUACUACUUGUGUCUUCUAUACUAGUAGCUUGAUCAGUAGUAAUCUUGUUGGCUUGAAGAUCGUAGGCGACUCUCUCUCCGAGCGCGUACCACUCAUCAGGAGUCAAUAGAAACUCCAACUGCUUUGCUGGCAUCAAAUUCUCAUCGUCGACAUCCACAUCCACAUCCACAUCUUCAUGUGCUGUACUGCUGGUACACGUGUGGAGCGUUUCAGGUGUGGCGGCUUCUGCUUCAAACGGAUUCUUCAUCUUCAUCUUAUUCACUUGACGUAUCACUUCCACUCGUGGGGAUCUAGAACUCAAUGGAGGGAUGAUUCUGAUUCAAGUCGAUUCAAUUCAAUUCAAGCAAGUUUGUGCUCUCAUCUCCUCUCAUCUCAUAAACCAAGAGCCAAGAGUUCCAAACCGUUCGCUGCUCUUGCCGUUGGCCGUGGGUGCAGAUACAUCACUUCCAGCUUCAAGCCAAGCAGGUUUGGACCGGACUUCGCUCCGCGGCCGGUAAAGCAUGCUCUGGACUGAGUACCGGCGGUAUGAUUGUUACGCGUCAAUGACCCUUCUCUUUUUCAGAGUGUCUCAUCAGAAUUAAUAAGCAAGAUGCUCGCCAAACCCACUCGAUCACUCGUUUAGAGCCACGGUCAUCGCUACCGGUCCUGUCUCAACGGAUCAUGGGAUCCACAGGGAACACACGUUCGCUCAAAAAGAGGGCGCCAAAACCUGUCACGGACGAGGCUAAAUUACUAGUAGCCGUAGUAUUAUUCGCUGUCUUUGGCCAGAUAGGGUCACAUACCUAGAAGAGAAGACUGUGUGACACAUGAAAGGACUUAUACCAAAAUUUCAUUUACAAGACCCAUCAUCGACUGACUUCAGUCGACUGACUGAGUCGAGUCGAGUCAUCAACCAUCCUAAAACUUGCUACUGUAAUGCUGCCACCUGGAAGUUCAACUAAUCGAAUCAUCAAAUCGAAUCGAAUCCAAUCAUCACUUCGAUCUACCGUACUGU